GGGCCGGCCCCGGCCCGCAAGGCCUGCGGGAGAUGCGGUGGGGCCGGCGGGUUGCGGGACGGGGCCCGGCGCGGGCUGUGCCCCGCGGUUCCCCGGGCACGGCUCCUGCUCUGCUCCCCGCGCCUUGCCUGGCUACCGGCCCGCCGGCUGCCUCAGGGUCCGAGCCGCCCCCGCCGCCUGUCCUCGGGGCUCCUGUUCCCUGCUGACGCUGUUGUGGUGUCGAGGAUAACAAGUAUUUGGGAUCGUUUCCUCGUAUCUCUGCGCAGGCAAAACGGCCACGGAAACCCCCGUGAAAGGACGCAGGAGCCACGCCAGGAUUCUCUCGUUUAGACGCUUGUCUGAGUGUUCGAUCUUUGGGGUGAUUUUAGGAUAACUGUGAGGGAGGUUUGAGGAUUCGCUGUAACUCCUGUCAAGGCACCGAGCCCUGAAAGCCUCUCCCACCCGUCUGCCAGCCAGCCAGCCUUCUGCAGCAUGUCUUUUUUGCAGGGUCACAGCUCAGAUGUUUCCUUGGUGGCACUCGACUCAGUUACUGCUUUUAUAAUGACUUUCUCUCCAAAGAGGCAGAGGCCAACCUUGAAGUUUGUGCCAUCUCUCUGCCGAUGAUAACACUGUUUCUGUGGGGCAGGACACCUUCUGCUGACCUCACCCCUGCUGAGGCCAAAGACACCUUGUUAACACUAUUCAAGCUUCCCUGGCCCCUUCCGUUGCUUGGUGGCACAUCUAACGUGGCUCUGUUGAGGCCAUCAGAUUGGAAUUUUCUUGUACAUUUGGUCCUUGCUCAUGUCGACCAGCACGGCAGAACAAGUGUAAAAGAGUGUCCUGCACUGAGGGCAGAACAAGAGUAAAAGAAUGUCCUGCACUGAGAGCGGAGAACAGCUCUGACAGCAGCAAAAUCCAAACCCAGAGGGCCAGUGUCAUCAGGGCACAGCACAGAACUUGCCAGCCUAAGACUCUGCACUCACAACAGGAAUAUGGCAGCAAGGCUGCCUCCUCAGUCCUCCAGAUGACAAAAGACAUUCAAGCUCCUGACAAACAGCCUGAAGAGAUGCUGAAGCAUUCCACAACCCCCCAGGGCAUGUAUCCAUAGACAGAGUUGGGCAGAAAGGCAGGAUGAUGAACACUCUCUGGGCAGUCUGAGGACAUGUGAACCAGCAAGAAGAUCAUCCAUGCUCCUACAGGCAAAGGAUCCAUGGCAGACACAGGCUGCAUGAAGCAUCACAUACUCUGUUUUUCAGAAAGACCUAAGCAAUGCCUGAAAUGUGGAACUUGGCAGAAUUCCGGAGGAAGUAUCCAUGUGAGCUGAGAUACAAGAUGAGCCAACCUGACAGUCAGGCUGUUGGUGCAGUGGUGUAUGAGCACAGAUCCCGGCUGGAGCGAUCCCUGCAGAAGGAGCGAGGGGAGCACAAGAAGACAAAGGAAGAUUUUUUAGUGUAUAAAUUAGAAGCUCAGGAAGCUCUCAACAAGGAGAAGCAAGACUCUAUGAACAGAUAUGGAGCCCUCAGUUCCCAGCACAAGAUCCUGAAGAACCAGAAUGAAGAUGUCAAGAAGCAGCUGCUUGACCUGCAGCUGCAGCACAACAGCUUGAAACUGGAACAUCGUAAGACACUGGAGACCCACAGCCAGAAAUAUGCCCAGCUGCAGCAGGAGAGGGACAGCGAGGUCACAAACCUGCAGGAUACAGUCUUUAAACUCAGAGAAGAGAGCAAGCUCCUUCGGAAGGCCCACCAGGAAGUUCACUCUCAGCUCCUCAGUGCCCAGGCCCAGAUGGAAGAGUUCAGGCAGCUCAAGGAAGCUCUACAGAAGAUGCCAAGCUUCAAAGCAGGAGGAGCUGGGAAGGGGCAGCAGCAGCUUCAGGUAGCAAAGGAGCAGCCCAUGGCACCAGCUAACAGCCAGGCACAGCUGGCCAGGCAGAAGGCUCUUCCAGUCAACCAGGAGAAUCAUCCUGCUGGGAACGGGAACUUGCUGGCCUCGCAGGUUGCUGGGGCUCAGAAGCAGCCAGAUGGGCCUCAGCUGCAGGGCCACAACCCCUACAGCAAUGAUGGCCUGAAGCCACAGGCCAACAUGCUCUUUACCAACCCAGCCUCACUGCAAGAUGCCAACUCACUGCCAGGGGCUUUGCCAGCCUGGCCAGCGAGACACGGGGAUGGCCACAUCAUCCGCUUCACCCGGACUGUGAACAGCCUGCCCAGUGGGAACCCAGAUCUCAAGAUGGUGAUGCGCAUUCAAGUGAGAAGCAACAAGGAGAGCCAAGCUCCUGGAUUGUCACUCUCUGAUCCAAACCAACCACCUGCAGCAGAAAAACCUCAGAUGCCAGACAACCACCACCCCCCAGGGAGCAGACAGGUGCAAAUGCAGAGCUGGAAAGACAUAGUUAACAAAGUGGAUGCCCAGAGGGAUGAGGAACAAGUGCACAGUUACCCAAAGAGCCUUCAUCUGGAUCCCAAGCCUGGGCAAGAGAUGCAGAAAGGCAGCCCCCAGCCAGCAGCAGGUCAGAAGAGAGGGGAAGAGCAUCCAAGAACUGCUCAGGAGGGUGAGAAGGAAAGGACAGAUGAGGAGGAACUGGAAAUGGAUGCAGGAGUGAUUGAGAGAGAGGAGAACCUGCAUUCUCAGAAGGAGCCUGUUGCCCAGGAGCCAAUGAUGCCAGAUGAUGCUGCAGAUCCUGCCCAGGAUCCCAAUAACCAAGGGGAGGAUGAGUUUGAGGAAGCUGAGCUGGAGAGACCUGACUUUGAAGAGAAGGUGGGAGGUUUGGAGAAGUUCAAGGAGCCCAGCUUGAAGGAAGAGUCUAAGGAGAAGCCACUGAAGGAUGCUGACAGACCUGCCAAGCCCAGGGAAGAGCCAGUGGAGGACUACCAAGAAGAUCAGGAGCAAGAAAUUGAGGAUCAUGGAGGUGAGGUGGAUGACAAUGAUGACCUGGAACUUGUCCAAGACCAGAAGGAUCAUGGAGGCAUACAGGGAGCUGGGGGCAAGAAGGAUGACUACUACUGAAAGCUGCUGAAGGAAGAUGGACUAUGCUGGGAAUGAGGAGAUGGGAACUCCUCCUGGGAACUGGCUCCUGUGUUCAACACUGCCUGGAACAGACACAGGCAGGAGGAGGUAACUGUCUCUGCAGGCACUGAGCAGGCUGCUUGCAGAUGUGCAUCACAUCUGCAUGUGUGGGGCAAUUGCUGCCUCUCCAGUCACCAGCAUGGAAGUGCUCUCAGACUGUAGGAAUGAUAUCAUUCUGCUGCUUCUCUUAGAAGCACUUUUUGAUUUACUGUGUUCUUCACCCUCUUGUUUUCCCUAUCCCCUCCCAAGCUGGAGAGUUUCUUAUUUUUUAACACCCUGGUCAGCAGAGUGGAGCCUGAACUGGUCCCUGGGCUUUUACUUGACUGAUGGCUAAUACAAAGGAAUCUGUCUUCAUAAAA